AUACAGGGUUUUCCAGGAGUUCUCUUAGCUGUAGGACACUUUAUUGAAUCUUUCUGCCGUGAAACGAACUUAGUGCAAUAUGAAUUGGGCUCGAUAGUAGCCUUGUUGGAUAAUUCCAUAGGAAUUUCCAAGGAGCCUGUCUAAAAAAGGUGCCAUAGAUUCCAAUUUCUAUCAUAUGAAGUUCACUUCCCUCAGUAAGAAAGUGUUUUAUUAAGACACCGCUUUUAGAGAAACGGUAUUUUAUUAUAGCUUGUUACCGUUCUCACGUUACAAUAGAAGAGAAGAGCGAUACCCACCACGUGCACACUUAUAUAUCCUGUUGUGAGUGUUUAGCACUCCCUAGCUAAUGAGUGUUUUAUACUUAACGAAAACUACUUACAGUGCUACCUAAAUUACGUCGACACAACAAAAGUGUCCCACAACUAUGAGAACCCCUGGAAAACCUUGUAUAACUAAUAUAACUGAAAAAAUGUGUUUUUACGCAAUUAAUAACAAGCACUCUUUUUAUAAUCGAAUGUGUGCGGUAUUAAGGAGGGAUCUUUUAAUAGAUUUGAGCGCCAUAAAAAAAGAAAGUCAACAUGCAUCAUCCUCUUAAAGCUAUGAAAACUCCUUGAAAUGUGCUUGAUAUCCACAGCAACACUUUCGCUACAUGCUACAAACAAUAAACACUUCAAACUCAAAUCAUUUUUUGCCAAAAACCAGCCCGCUUAUCCAUUUGCAUGGUCCGCGCCCCAACAAUAACAACGACAUCUUCAGGUUGCGCAACGCCCGAAAGCUUCGCGUGCUUCGCGCGACUAACUACCCUGCACCGUGCAGCUCUCUAAUUGCUCUAGCCACGUGCAUUUGCAACCGCAGCGACACGCGGGUUCACCCUGUGGAUGUGCUGAAAUCAUUCCGAACCUAGGUGGGAACCGAAAAUGCAGUCAAGGUGUUCGUUGGCAAUCAUGAAGCUUACUUGGGGCUUGGUGGUGACGCUUGGCACGCUCGCAGGGCUCCCUGCAUGUGACGCCGUGGCGGCCGAAUCUCCCGAGCCGGCAUCACUGCUGCGGCCUCGUGACGUCAAUCCACACCCGUACCAGCACGCCUACGAGGGUAUCGCCAUCUUCGACCGGAACCUCAUUACCAACAGCGAGAAAUUCACCCAAAAUCUGCUCAACCAAGGUCCCGUGCAGUUCCCACGGCUGCGAGACGGAAGCUCGGUUAACGCACUGCCCUACCCGUACGAAACGCUUGCCCUGAAGGAACGCCACCAGAAGAUGGUGCGGUUUUCCGGUGCCGAUAGCCAGACGGUGAAACCGGCGUAUCAAGCGUUGGCCAAACAUGCGGCCCGUGUGCUCGGCAAGAGCUAUGCCGUGGAAGACAUCGAUAGCCUCAAUGAGGCGGCUACGGACGUUAAGAAAAAUUAUGUAUUUUCAUACGCCGUCAAGGAUACGGCCUCGGGUGAUGAUUUUUCGCACACCCAACAGCAGCAUCAGGACGGUGCAGUCAAGGGCAGCUACAAGGUACACCUUCCCGAUGGACGCAUGCAGAUCGUCAAGUACAUCGCCGACAACAAUGGCUACCGUGCGGACGUUACCUAUGAAAAUGAACCUGCGGGUGUUGUGCCGGCAUCAGCAGUAGCAUCAGCAGCAGCUACGGCACAAGCGGCACCAGUGGCUCCCACUGGACCGGUCAGUCCCAUCGCCUAUCAGAGGUACUACGCAAGCACUCCCGUGCAGCAACCACAGCAACAAUACAUCACGCACCAGAUUCGACCAGCUCGACUGUACUAUGCCGCACAAAAUCCGACCCAAAUUCCGGCUCCUUUCUAUCCCUCCCAACUCCGACCGAGUGAUGUGAAGAUUCACAGCUACAACACGGCUCCCCAUGCCGGGGCAGUGAUCGCUUCGACGACCACCCAGGCGACCCCCGUUGCUGGAGCAUAUCUGGCCGCCUUUCCGGCAGCGGGUAACCUAGCCUACAUUGCGACAGCACCCGUAAACGGUGGACCGAUCAGAACGCUACAGCUACAAUCGAACGGUGGUGGUGCUGCCGGCACGAUAGCGGUCCCCGUAACAGCAAUUCCGCUGGCAGCGUACCGUGACAUCAAUGUGCCGCCGUCACCACCCGUCCAGCCGCUUGGUGUAGCGUUCGCUUCGGCCGGUAGACGUACGACGGUUUAUGCUGAUCAGGCGCGUGUUUCGCCCCAAGGUUCGGGCACGCUACAACAAGUGAUCUACCAGCAGCAGCAGCAGCAGCAAUCGCAACAGCAACCACAAAGCUUGGACUACGGGUACGUGCAGAUUCCAGUUGACAAUCGGGUGUACAAACGAAACACGGAUCACAACACGGAGGUAAUGCCCGGUUCUAAGGCACCCAAGAAUGUGGCGCAAAAGCCGCGGAAUCAAACCAAACGCCACCAGCAGGAGCAGAAAACGCUGUAAAUCGUGCGUCUGGUGGUUGUAAUGAUCUUUCUAUCUAAUAGCUAAUUAUUUGUAAUAAAAAUAUUGGUAACAGUCUA